CCCAAGUCUUUAAAUUUGGUCUGGCGCAUAGCCAGUUGUAUAUUGUUCUUGAUCUUCUAUAAAUCAUCUGCGAACAUUGAAUGCGCAGACAAUGCCGAGUGCCAGACAUGGCCCAGGUGCUGGGGCGCCACCGAGGGGCGCCAUGAUGGCAUCUCUAAAGUCUGCGCAGAUGGUCCAGAAUAGAGCCGCUCUGCCUGCUGAGAUCCUUGCGACCGUCUUGGACUACCUGCCAGUCUCCGAUCUCAUGCGCUGUGCUCGAACAUCCAAGCGCAUGAAGGAAAUGGUAUACGAUGACACGCGAUGGGUUCAAAGACUACAAUAUAUGGGGUGUUGGAAUGAAGCCGAGGCAAGAGCACGGUUUGAAGAGGUUAUGCGCAAGAAAUGGGAGGCCCAGAAAGCAAAGCACGACGAAGAGGCGAAGAGGAAUGGAACCGGGGUCAAUGGCACUGGAGGGGGGAGAAAGACGACCACUACGAUUUUCGAUGCUGGCAUCGAAGAAGAGCGGCAAAAGCAGCAGGCACCAGCUAUACAUGGAGCAAAUAGCCUAGCUGACGGAUUCGAAACUUUGGCUAUAGCGCCACCUACAUCCAAACCGACGACUACAAACCCAAGACCGUCAUUGGAGGACCCUAUAGCGUUGCUGACUGUCUUGAGUAAAGUCAAGUCAGUUCGUGGAUAUGCACGACCUGAAUAUGCGCGUGUUUAUGGCGCAUUGGGUCCAUUUUAUCAGGAUUUUGCGAGGUCCAAAAGCCAUACGGAUCCCAUUAUAUUUCGUGUUUAUCGCGAUCCAGAACAACAAGCACAGAUGCUUGCGCAACUUCAGAAAUUCGCCAAAAGCGACUGGGCACAGGGUUGGCGACAACGAGAAGAGAAGCUAAACACAAUGGUCGGCAUCUUCGAAAGUGCAGUUCUCAGAGAGUUUGAACAAGGUUACGAAGCUUGGGACGUGGAAGGACGGAUGCACAGAUAUGCUCACGUCCUUGGUAUUCUUAAUGGAGGACAAGCUGGAGUCGAAAUGUUUGUUCAAAAACAUCCGGUCUUCACAGAUCAUGUACAGUUUGGCAACCCGAUGGACUGCCUCAACCAAGCAGCCGCAGGCUCAAUAGACCUGAAACCAUCCCUCGCAUUUUUCGAGACUCUACUAAAGCUCAUCAAUGAACAAGCAGAAACUAUCGACAAGAUAUUUCCGCCUCGUUUAAAUGUGUUGGAAGUUUUUCUUGAAAGGAUUGGCGAAGACGUCAUUGGAGACUGGGUAACGCCUCUUUUCGACGAGUCACACGAGCGAAAUAUACAAUCUUAUUUAAAAGCGGUUUCGGGGAUAUUCGAGCAAUGUGUACAGUUCUCGCUACAGAUUAAACCACCGAGCACAGCAUCGCCAGAAGAGUUUCGAAGGAAAGUCCACGGGAUUAUUGUGGGGGUAUUUGAACAACAUGUGGACCUAUAUCUUCAAGACGAACUGGAUUUCUUCAAGGAAGAAGCAGAGGAGCAAGUUAGCGGUUGGGAAAGGAAGCUCUCUGAAGAAGAUGCUUCGACAGAGUCGUUCUUUAUGGCAAAUGUGAACCGACAGGUGGACAAGAAGGAUUUCCUGACAUCCUUCAGGAAGGUGGUCAUGAUGCCCGUCAAUGUGCUCCCAAGUCUCUCACCUUUUGCGACCUCAAAGUCGAGCGCAACACUUCAGGUUACUAGUGUGGCUACCUCUAGGGCUGAAGCCUCAAUCACACCAACAUCAUCAAGGUCACACUCGCCAGCUGCAGUCCCGGGCAUGCCAUCGCCAAGUUCCGCUCCAAGGGAUGAGCUUGCGGCCAAAUCUGCCAUUAUGGCAAACAAGCUCGAAGGCAUCAGGACACUUUUCAGCAUAGAGAUUGCACUGACACUUGUACAUUCCGCCAAAACCAGCCUUGAAAGAGCCGCCGCGUUUGUGCAACUCGGUGGCCAAACAGGGGAAGAGGCACGAGAACAAUGCGAGAUGAUAUUCAUAUUUCUACUACAAACUCUGGGAUCACGGCAUGUCAAGAGCGGAUUCGACAAGGCGGUUGAUCACUUAUCCAAGUACAAUCCACGAGAAGUGAGCGAGCACAGCAAGAAAGGAGUCGCGCCUCUCGUCACUUUUCUAGAGCUUGUCAACGUCGGCGACCUGAUCUCUCAGAUGGUCGACGUCUUCUACGAGCAGCAACUCGCCGCGACAAAGCUAGUAGACAAAAACGACUUCCUCGACCCCGCCGUCAAGGCCAAGAAGAAGUUUGAGCAAAUGCUCGACGAGCGUGUCGCCGCCGGGUUGAACAAGGGCAUUGACGUGCUCAUGGACGAGAUUGAAUACGUCUGCGCCACCACACAACCUCCAUCCGACUACAACCCCCCUCUAACAGCAUCCGGUAUACCCGACUCGACCUUCGACAUCGGCCCAACAAAGUGCGCGCAGGAGGUCGUCGAUAUCGUGUCCUCUCACACAGACAUGCUGACGGGCAGCACGGACAAGAACAUGCUCGACGUGUUCAACCAGGAGGUCGGACUACGACUCUUCACAGUGCUAUGCAAGCACGUCAAGCGUCAGCGCAUCAGCAUCGACGGCUCCAUCAAGCUCAUCUCCGACAUGAACCUCUACUUUACGUAUAUCCAGCGCCUACGCAACGCUGACUUGCUGCAGUACUUCCGCGCGCUGCGCGAGCUCAGCCAGAUCUAUCUAAUUGGGCCGAAGCACGCGAAGGAGAUGGCGGCGGUGAUUGCGGAUGGGGAGCGCUUUAGCGGCAUCUUUCGCGCCGAGGAGGUGUAUGAGUUUGCGGAGAGGAGGGCGGAUUGGUUUGUUGUUAAGAGGGAUGUCGAGAGGGCGAUGUAUGGGUUUGGUUGUGCGGUUAUGUAGAGGGUUGGGGUGGCUUUGGUUACAAUUUGGACCAUGGGAGGCUGGCAAGGCUGAAGGCAGGAUCGUGGUAAGGACGGGAUGAAUAAAGGGCGGCAAUAUAUUAGGACA